AUGACGCCGCUGAAAUCUGCUCGAGGCGGAGGUUGGAGCAGCUUGAAGGAGAAGCAGGCGGGGGAAGGGGAGGAUGACACGACAGGGGGGGUUCCAGCCGCUGGUUGCUCUUCGCGCCCCUGUUCACGGUGCUGGUGGUCGUGUGGGUGGCAUGUGGCUGGCCGUGGCCGCACGGCGCCCUUGUUCACGGUGCUGGUGGUCGUGUGGGUAGCAUGCGGCGCAGUGAUCGCGGCUUGGCUGCUGUGCAGUCGGCACAAGCAGUACGAGCACCACAGGGAGGAAUCGCUGGGCGUGUGGUGCAAGGAGCGCGCCCUCAUGCUGCAGCAGCUCGUGCUGGCCCACGCGGUGCAGAUGCAGACUCUGGCGGGGCUGAUUUCGGUGAUGGGAACGCCAGGGCGGGCGAGCAAGUGGGACAUGGGCGGGUGUUUGAACGGCAGCAUGUGGGUCUCUUAUCUCACUCGCACCGCACAAACUCGCCCCGGAAACACGGGUGCGGUUGCGUGUGCGGUGGUACACGAUGCAGAGAGGGCGGACUUUGAGAAGCAGUAUGGCAGCAUCAGAGACAACACGCUGAUUGUCAGCGCCCGCCGCCCCAUCUACUGCGCCAAGGUCCUCGAGCUCACAACGCUGUGGGCCACCAACGGCCCCAGCAACAUCGACAUGUUUCAGCGAUUCUCCUGGGCCAUCCCGCUCGUGGAGGCGGGAAAACACUUCUAUACCUGGCCCUACCCCCUCGCCAACCCCCUCACCCAUGCCGGAUUCGACCCAUCAAAGUCCUUUGAGCUAUACGACAUCACCGACCCAGCCUCGCUCUUCGCCAUCGUCUCACCAGUCCCCCCCCACGCCUACUUCCGCCCCGACGACAAGCUCCCCUACAUGCACCCCUCCCCAGAGUCCGAAACCCGCCCCUGGGAGCAUCGAGCCGUGGUGCCUUUGGAGGAGAUGGGAGGGGGGGUGAGAAAGUACGAGGUCUGGUGCAGGCACACACAGCCUCCCAACACAUGGCAGCAGUGGGGCAUCCCCAUCCUCAUUGCCCUCUUCGCCCUCCUUCUCGUGGUGCUCGUGUUGGCGGCCGCAUACCUGCAGCGGAGCAAGUUCCUGCAGACCCAGCAGCAGACGGCAGAGGCGGAUAGGCUGAGACGGGAGGCAGAUGAAGCAGAGGCGUCAAAGAGCAUGUUUGUGGCGUGCAUGUCCCAUGAGCUGCGGACGCCCAUGGUUGGGAUUAUUGGCAUGCUCGAUGCUCUAGCAGACAUGGGCCUCAACUCCUCCCAGCUAGCAGACCUGCUAAUGGCCGGGGCAUCGGCAAGAGAUGCACUGCAUCUGGUCAACCACGUGUUGGACCUGGCGAAGCUGGAGGCAGGCAAGGCGGUGGUGGAUGAGACGGUGAUUGAUGUGCGGGAGUGGCUUCGUACAGUUUUGGACUGGCACGCGGAGGCAGCGAGUUCCAAAGGCAUUGAAUUGAGCGGCAUUGUGGGAGACGACUGCCCCACGCAUGUCAUUGUGGACCCCAUGCAUCUCGGAAGCAUGGUCAAGGAGAUCACAGAUAACGCGGUCAAGUUCACGACACAAGGCCGUGUGACAGUGCGGGUGUCGCUGGUGCCGCAAGGGACAAGCUUGCAAGACACCCUUUGUUACCAGGGCCUUUCGUCACCACGAGCGCCCACUGCUGCCACUGCCCAUGGGCUCUCCGCCUGGCUUUGUUCUACCUGGCGCUGGUUGCUCGAGGUGGUGAGGGGAGAGCCAGCGGCAUCAGCAGGAACAGCAGGCAGUGCCUGGGGGGAGGGCGGGCAUGAGAGGAAGCAUGGGAGUCAAGAGAGGAGGCCCACUCCAAAAGCAGGCAGGGGGCGUGGGAAAGGGCAUGGGAGUGGACAAGAGAGGGGUGGAGAGCGGUGCAUGCUGGUGCUGUCGUGUCAAGACUCGGGCUGCGGCCUUCCAGCGUCUCUCCACACUGCGAGCGGCACUCAAGGGCCGUCCUACUUCUCCCUCCUCGUGAGCUUUCUACUUCUCUUUCCGACUCAACUCCGUGACUCCAUGUUGAGACUUGAUCUGCGGCUACCCUCCCGUACCCUCCCCUCCCCUCCCCUCCCCUCCCCUCCCCUCCUCUUUCCUCCUCUCCCUUCCUCUCCCUUCUCCUCCCCUCCCCUCCCCUUCUUUCCACGCCCCUCCCUUUGCAUGCUCUUCCUUGCCCUUUCCUCCUCUUCCCUCCCCUCCCCUUCCCUCCCCUUCCCCCCUCGUUUCCCUCGCUCACUCGUCUUCUCUCAUGGUUUUCCUCACACAGCUCCCCACUCUCUCACAUUGUCUUCUCACACGCCCCAUCUCUUCCUACCCUGCUGGUCUGGAAAUGUGGCUCUAUUGAAGGGAGAGCUCGCCUUUGACUCACAGCCCGGGUGUGGAAGCACAGUUGCUUUCUCUGUGCCUGUAGCCAUGCCCUCGUUACAAGAACACUGUCCAGAGGAACUGCAGUCAAGCAACCAGGAACCACAGCAGCAGCAAGAGAAGGAUCAACCACAAGGGGAAGCCGUAUGGCAUGGUGAAGGGCAAAUGGGUGGGUCAGGAGAAUUUUCAGGUGCCUGCAGCAGUGGCCAUGAGCAUGACACGGAGUGUGAGCGAUCCAUCUCCCUGUGCGCAUCUGGAACCACCACUGUUGCUACCGCUGGCAUGGCCAUGCGUGCAGGCAUAGGUGUUGGUGCUGGUGCAGGUAAUCGUGCUGGUAGUGUUCGUCUUGGUGGUGCGGCGGAUGAGGCGGUGACGCGGGCGUGGGUGGGGGGGCUGCGAGUGCUGGUGGUGGACGACACGCCCGUCAACCUCCUCGUGGCCCGCCGCUCCCUCGCCCGCUGGGGCGCCCUUGUGACCACCGCCUCUCGUGGGGAGGAGGCAGUUGAGUUAAUCACUGCUGGAGUGGCGGAGGGGAGAGGGCAGGAGGAGGGGAGAGGCGAACGUGCUGUUGGGGAGGUGGCAAGAGGAGAGCAUGGGGCGAGAGGAGAGCAGGAGGCAAGAGGGCAGGAGGAGGCACGUGCAUCGUUGCAGCAUGGCUUCGACUUGGUUCUCAUGGACCUGCAGAUGCCGGGCAUGGACGGCUUUGCAGCAGCAGCAGCCAUACGAGCCCUUGAAAGGAGAGUGGAGUUUGAAUCAAUUUCACGGGCACAGCAAUCGCAGCAGCAGAGGCUGCAGCACACCCCUUCUGAUCUGCCCGUCACACCCCUACAAUUUUCAAGCCCUGCUGCUGCAGCAGCCGCCGCCGCCGCUGCUGCUGCUUCUGCUGCUGCUGCUGCUGGUGCGGCUGGUGUUGCCGCAACUGCUGAUGCUGCAACUGCUAAUGCUGCUUCUCCUGGUGCUGGGUGGCCCGUGUCUCUGCGGGUGCCCAUAGUGGCUCUGACGGCAGACGUGGAUCGCGGAGUGGUGCAGAGGUGUGCAGAGGGGGGGUUUGACGGUGUGCUGCAGAAGCCAGUGGAUGCCCACCUGCUCGCUGCCCAACUCUCCCAAGUGCACACCCAAAGCGCACUCCUGCGGGCUGUGUCACAGCCGACUGAAUCUUACGCGCCGCGUAGCGACACUUGCCUUGAGAUUAUUCGGCUGAACGCGCUCGCCGCCGAAACGCCCUUUCGUCGCCCUCUCUCUCGCCCCUCUCUUCCCGUCGCGCUCUCUCUAUCCGCGCUCUUCCCGUCGCCUCCCUUCCCAUCGCGCUCUCUCUCCCCCCUCCCUUCCCAUCGCGCUCUCUCUCUCCGCUCCCUUCCCGUCGCCCUCUCUCCCGUCGCCCUCUCUCUCCCCCCUCCCCUCCCAUCGCGCUCUCUCUCUCCGCUCCCUUCCCGUCGCCCUCUCUCCCGUCGCCCUCUCUCCCAUCGCCCUCGCUCUCUCCUUCGCUCUGUCCCGUCGCCCUCUCUCCCGUCACCCUCUCUCCCGUCGCCCUCUCUCCCAUCGCCCUCGCUCUCUCUUUUGCUCUGUCCCGUCGCCCUCUCCCCCGUCGCCCUCUCCCCCGUCGCCCUCUAUCUCUCACGUCGCCCGCGCUCUGUCCCGUCGCCCACGCUCUCUCCCGUCGCCCCCGCUCUCUCCCGUCGCCUCGCGAAAUUUUCUGCCGUCUCGUAG